AAUACAAUGGAGCAAAAAAUCAAAUCGCCCACAACCUUGACUUUUCAGCAAUCGGUGUAUUCCCCCUUUCCAAAUAUUGUUAUUUAAUGGAAGCUAUAGAUCCAAAGGAAGUCGAUAAUAAGUAAACUAGAGGUUGAGCAUCAAAACACAAAAAAAUGGCGGAGAAGCAGAAGAAGGCACAUGCUAUCAUGAUCUCAAUGCCGUACCAAGGCCACAUCACCCCAUUCGUGAGCCUGGCCCUCAACCUCGCCUCCAAAGGCAUCGCCAUUACCUUCGUUCAUCUCGAAUCCGUCCACCACAAGCUAUCCAAACCCCACCACAAACCCGAUCUAUUUUCCGACGCUCGCCAAUCCGGCCUCGACAUUCGCUACGCCACCAUCUCCGACGGUUUCCCUCUCGACUACGACCGAGAUCUCCGCCCGGAACUAUACUGGACCGCUCUCCUCCAAACCUUACCGUCUUAUGUCGACGAAUUCGUGGGAAACGUCAUCCGCUCCGAUCCACACUCCCUCCAUUUCCUGAUCGCUGACACCGUUUACGUCUGGCCGGCCGCCGUCGCUCGCAAGUACAACCUCCUCAACGUCGCCUUCUGGACUUCUCCGGCUCUCGUGUUUUCUCUGCUCUACCACUUGGAUCUUCUCAAAGAGAGGGGCCAUUUUCUACGCGAAGAUGAUGAGGCGGAAAUAGACUACGUUCCUGGAGUCGGAUCCUUAAGAAUCAGGGACUUGAUGUCGUCUCUAUCAAAAAGAGGCGAUGUCACCGGGAAUUAUCUGUUCAAGGCGUUCCAGGAAGUGAAGAAGGCAGACUUCGUACUGCACAACACGGUUGAAGAAGUAGAAUCUGAUACGCUAUCAGCCCUCAACAGAUACCAGCCAACUUACGCCGUCGGCCCGAUCGGUUUCUCCGGAACCAGCAACGUCGCCGUGAGCAAAAGUCUGCACGCCGAGGUGGACAUAACCAAGUGGCUCGGCUCCAAGCCGGCAGGAUCGGUUUUAUACGUUUCGUUCGGGAGCGUGGUUCAGACAAGCAAGGGAGUGAUCGGAGAGAUAGCUCACGGUCUCCGUCUCAGUGAGGUCAACUUUAUCUGGGUUGCUCGAGCGCAUCUCACUGCUUCCGGUGACGCGGAUGUUUUACCGGCUGGAUUCGUGGAGGAGGUUGAAGAUCGGGGGUUGAUAGUUCCGUGGUGCGAUCAGAUUAGCGUUCUUUCCGAUCCGGCGGUGGGGGGGUUCUUGACGCAUUGCGGGUGGAAUUCUGUGGUGGAGAGCAUGUGGUGUGGCGUUCCGAUGAUUUGUUUUCCGGUGACGUACGAUCAGCCGACGAAUAGGAAAUUGGUGGUUAAUGAUUGGGAGAUUGGAAUUGAUCUUGGCGACGCGGCCACGCUUGAUAGGGAAGGAGUUGCGGAGAAGAUAAGGAUUUUAAUGAGCGGAGAUGCUUCCGAGAGGUUUCGGCGGGAGGCGGGAAAGGUUAAACAGAUGGUGCGUGAUGCAGUGGAAGCUGAUGGAUCUUCGGUCAACAAUUUCCAUCGUUUUGUAAUUGAUUUGGACAAGAAACUUCGCAGCACCUAACUGAGAUUAGUGGGGUUUUGAUUCCGACAAUACAUCUCGAUUGCAUCUUGGUUAUCGUUUGUCGGUGGUGGUGGUGUACAAUUCUAAUUUGAUGAGUAUAUACUUUCUAAUCCGUUUUUUUC